GAUCUCAUAUCCACACCUUUUCGCGCCCGACCUGGUUCUACCACGGCUCAUCUAUCAAAGGAAUUCCCCGAUUGAAUCCUCUUCCUGAUCAACAUGGGCAAGCGCAAGAAGAGUUCGCGAAAGCCUCAGGGCAAGAAGAAGAAUGAUCCCCUUCCCACAGUCUUCACUUGCCUCUUCUGCAACCACGAGCAGUCUGUCACUGUCAACUUGAACAAAAAGCUCGGAGUCGGAACAUUGGAAUGCAAGGUCUGCGGACAAAAAUUUCAGUGUGGCGUUAACUAUCUUUCCGCCGCGGUCGAUGUCUACGCCGAAUGGGUUGACGCAGCAGAUGCCGUAGCCAAGGAAAAGGAUGAACAGGAUGGUGGUAGUGGAACUGCACCAGGCCCAUCAUCUCGCCUAGGGCCGAGGCCAUCAGCAGCAAACCGACAUGACGACGACGAUGAGGACGAUCGCAGGUACGAAGGAGAUGGAAUCGUGGCGGACGACGACGAGUACUAGGCUGGAGGAUUUUUCCAUAGACUAAUCAAUAAUUACAGUGGCAACCAUUUGGCACACGACGCAAUGUUCGAGUACAUGAUUCAUGGAAAAGUACCUAAGAUUACUUAGGUAGUCAUUGUUGUCAAUGGUUAUGGGUCACACUCACGCUCGCAUGCCAUCCUGUGGCUAUACCAUAGUCAUUUGCAGUUAGAACUGCAUGCUCAGAUUACUUUUAAAAAGGCUCAUUCGUCCUACUCCUCGCA